AUGGUUUUGGGAAUAAGAACUAAGAGUAGAAAAAACGAUUCCAAUUCGAUACAAGUUCAUUACAUUAUCAAUGUUUAUGAGAUCAAACCAUGGCCGCCUUCACAAUCACUCAGGUCUGUUCAAUCUGUUCUCUUACGAUGGGAAAACGGUGACCGAAACUCCGGCUCUCUAGCCUCCUCGAAUGUGGGCAACGGGACAAUUGAGUUUAAUGAACCUUUCAAGCUUUCGGUAUCUAUGUCGAAGAAGGAAAAAAAGCGCGAAAGUUUUAAGAAAAACUAUUUGGAGUUUCAGUUGUUUGAUAGGACAGUGAAGAGCCAGGUUAUAGGAUCAGCCACUGUGAAUUUUGCAGAUUUUGGGAUUAUUAAGGAAGCUAAAGCUAUAUGUUUUCAGUUGAAUUGUAAGAAGAGUUUUAAAAGCUCGGUGCUGCCGUUGAUAUAUGUUAGUAUUCAGCCGUUUGAUGUAGAGUGUUCGAGCUCAUCGCCUAGUAGCAGCUUGUCGAAAGAAUUGUCACUAGAAAGGGAAUCUGUAUCACAGUCAAUUAAUGAUGAUGAUGACGACGAUGGCGAUGGUAAUGAUGAUCUUGAAAUUGCCUCUUUUACAGAUGAUGAAACUGAUGACAUUGGUUCAAAUGAUUUGCAAACUGUCAGAUCGGCUUCGAAGACUAUAGGAGGCAGCAGCAAAAUUGGUGAAGGACGAACAAAGGGGGCUAAUGGAGAAUAUAUUCUACCCUCAGAAAUUAUUACUUCUAGCUUACAUGUAAACACAAAGGCUGAAUCACCCUCGCAGAUCAAUGGCUUCAAAUCUCCCUCUUCGUCUCCGGUUCUACGCUCGGGUAUCGGAAAUGUUGAAAAUGGUAGGCCUUCUUCACCUAAAGUUUCUAAGAGAAGUGCCAAGGCUGCUGAUGCAAGUUCUGGAAUUCAAGAAAGGAUUCAACAAUCUCCCUUUUCGUCUCCGGUUCUACGCUCAAGUAUCGGAAAUGUUGAAAAUGGUAGUCCUUCUUCACCUAAAAUUUCUAAGAGAAGUGUCAAUGUUGCUGAUGCGAGUUCUGAAAUUCAAGAAUCUCCGUCUCCGUCUCCGGUUCUACGCUCAGGUAUCGGAAAUGUUGAAAAUGGUAGUCCUUCUUCACCUAAAAUUUCUAAGAGAAGUGUCAAUGUUGCUGAUGCGAGUUCUGAAAUUCAAGAAAAGAUUCAAGAAUCUCCCUCUCCGUCUCCGGUUCUACACUCGGGUAUCGGAAAUGUUGAAAAUGGUAGGCCUUCUUUGCCUAACAUUUCUGAGAGAAGUGUCAAUGUUGCUGAUGCAAGUUCUGAAAUUCAAGAAAAGAUUCAAGAAUCUCCCUCUCCGUCUCCGGUUCUACGCUCGGGUAUCGGAAAUGUUGAAAAUGGUAGGCCUUCUUUGCCUAACAUUUCUGAGAGAAGUGUCAAUGUUGCUGAUGCAAGUUCUGAAAUUCAAGAAUCUCCCUCUCCGUCUCCGGUUCUACGCUCGGGUAUCGGAAAUGUUGAAAAUGGUAGGCCUUCUUUGCCUAACAUUUCUAAGAGAAGUGUCAAUGUUGCUGAUGCAAGUUCUGAAAUUCAAGAAAAGAUUCAAGAAUCUCCCUCUCCGUCUCCGGUUCUACGCUCGGGUAUCGGAAAUGUUGAAAAUGGUAGGCCUUCUUUGCCUAACAUUUCUAAGAGAAGUGUCAAUGUUGCUGAUGCAAGUUCUGAAAUUCAAGAAAGGAUUCAACAAUCCCGUUGGCAAGAUAUUUCUGUUGAUAGGUUCAAACCCAUAUCUCCAUCUUCAAACAUUUCAUCAAGUAUGAGACCACACUUUGAAAUAUCUUCCCAAUCUCAAGUACUUCCAGAGGACAGGACAGAAAACAGGAGAUAUAAAGGAUAUGUUCCCAAGAAAGUUGGCAGUGUUUCUAACACUAGUGUAAUGGAGGACAAAGAGAAAAAGGAAAAGGGAAGAAAAGGACGAGAACAGUUUACUACGAGUAACGGAAAUUUCAAAAAUGUGCUUGACGAUAAUUUUUCAGAUGAUGAAUCUACAAGGACAGAAAAAUUAAAUGGUGUUUCUCUUCUGCAAAGUAAAAAAUCACAUGAACAACCAACAGUUUUUGUGACAAAUAAGAAAUCAGAGGAUAUGAGAAGUAAAAAGUUUCCUUUACAAACUAAUGAGAGCUAUGGGCAGUUCAUCAGGAGUCAGAACCUAGAUCAGGAAGAGAAAAUAAAUACUUCUAAUGGUGUUUAUGUUGCUGCUGCUUGUCAUGAAGAUAUUAAUGUGAAUGGUAGUUCUUCUAUUGAUAAUCCUGAAUUGAAGGCUGAAGUUGAACGGCUUCGUGAAGAGCUGAGAGAAGCUGCUGCCCUUGAAGCUUCAAUGUACUCAGUUAUUGCUGAACAUGGCUCAUCAAACAAGGUUCAUGCACCUGCUCGGCGCUUGUCUAGAUUCUAUUUCCAUGCUCGUAGAGUUGGCUCCCCUGCUAAAAUAGCUAGUGCAGCCCAGAGCGUUGUCUCGGGAUUUGUUGUGGUUUCUAAAGCAUGUGGAAAUGAUGUUCCAAGGUUGACAUUCUGGUUCUCAAACCUAUUAUUGCUGAGAGCAAUGGUGAGCAAAGGAGUUGAAAAUAAAGACCUUGGUAAUGGUCCGUGCCUCAAUGGUGAAUGUUAUGUAAAUGGUUCCACAUCUCAUGACAAAGGAAAAGAAAAUACAGAGACAUUUUUAGUUGCAUUGGAAAAGGUUGAAGCAUGGAUGUUCUCUCGAAUUAUUGAGUCAGUGUGGUGGCAGACUUUGACUCCAUACAUGCAGUCCGCAGCAGCUAAGAGCUCUAGCUCUAUGAAAACUUAUGGUAAGAGAUAUACUAUUGGUGAUCAUGAUCAAGGAAACUUUUCUAUUGAUUUAUGGAAAAGAGCUUUCAAGGAUGCAUGUGAAAGGCUUUGUCCUCUUCGAGCCGGAGGGCUUGAGUGUGGCUGCUUGCAUGUGAUAUCUAGAAUGGUGAUGGAACAAUUGGUUAAUAGACUUGACGUGGCGAUGUUCAAUGCUAUUCUUCGAGAAUCAGCCGAUGAAAUGCCCACCGAUCCUAUAUCUGACCCUAUUAGUGACUCUAAGGUUCUUCCUAUUGCAUCUGGAAAAUCAGGCUUUGGUGCUGGUGCGCAACUCAAGAAUGCUGUCGGUGACUGGUCAAGAUGGCUUUCAGAUUUGUUUGGCAUUGAUGAUUGUGACUCUCAUGAAGAUAACAAUGAAAAUGAUGACAUAAAAUAUGAAUCGUUCAAACCUUUCCCUCUCCUGAACACGUUGAGUGAUCUAAUGAUGCUUCCUUUUGAAAUGCUUGCAGACAGAUCUAUGAGAAAAGAGGUAUGUCCUAGAUUAGGCAUAUCAUUGAUAAAACAGGUCGUCAACAAUUUUGUCCCUGAUGAGUUCACCCCUGGACCUGUCCCGAAUGCUGUUAUUGAGGCAUUGAACAAUGAGGAUCUUUCAGAUGAGGAAGGGACCAUCACAAGCUUUCCAUGCAUGGCUGGUUCCACAUUCUAUGCACCUCCACCAGCUUCUUCAGUUGUGAGCAUCCUAAGAGAAGUGGGAACCCCUUCGCUAAGAAAGGGAUCAUUUGUGCUUAAGAAGUUAUACACAAGUGAUGAUGAACUUGAUGAAUUAGAUUCACCACUUUCUGCUCUUGGCAUGGAUGACUCUAAGAAAAUGUUUGCAGUAGUAAAGGAAGGUCGUAAGGUUGUCCGAUAUGAGCUUUUGAAAGAAGUAUGGAAGAGUAGUGAAUGA